AUGAAGUCAAUAAUCAUUGUGGUUGCAGCUCUGUUCCUUUCUUCCCUCAUCAUCGUUUCGUACUGGAACUCAAAACAGAUUUUACCGACACUUAGUAAAACGCAAGAGCUCUACUCACAAAAAGAAUCAAAUUCCCAGGCGGCGAAGGCAAAAACCAAGCCCCAACGUUUAACUGCAGAAGAGAGACAACAAGCCCGAAAGCAACAUCUAAAAGAUUAUUGCAGCAAACAUUCGUUUAAAACUAAUCCAAGCCCCAAGGAAAUCCACAUUGCCGUCGAUGAUGAGCUGAAGUUCCUUUAUUGCAUAGUCCCAAAGGUCGCAUCAUCGACGUGGAAGACAGUUUUUGCUGCCACUCGCAGACUUCGAAGACAAAUCAGCCGUUGGCAAAUGUGGAAACUGCUCGCUGAAUACAGCGAAGAAGAAAUAACUCUGCGCCUGAACACAUACUUCAAGUUUAUUUUCGUGCGGGAGCCAUUGCAACGCUUGCUUUCAGCAUAUAAAAAUAAGUUUAUACAAUUACCCGGGUAUUCCGCAAAAAUUCGUCAAGUCAUAAUCCAAGAUCUUCGGCCGCACGAUUUUGAUCCAAAUGGGGAAAAUUACAUUAGUUUUGCGGAAUUUAUUCAGUUUUUUUCCAAUAAUAUAUCGCGAAAUCAACACUGGCGCCAAUUCGAGAAUCUUUGCCAUCCCUGCGUCAUCGACUAUGAUUUCAUUGGUCACUUAGAGACAUUGGAAGACGAUGCUCCCCUUUUGCUAAAAAAGGCGGGAAUUGACGACCGCGCCACUUUCCCGCCAAUUCACAAAGCAACAGGUGAAUCAGAAGUGUUGAAGUACUAUUCCCAGAUCCCACAAUCGUACAUCAAUAAGUUAGGAGAACUAUACCGCAGUGACUUUGAGAUGUUUGGUUAUGAAUAUCUCGGACCAAUAAAAUCUUAUCUGAAUCAGUCCACCCAAGGCGUGAAGACGAAAGGGAACGUAUAGCAAAGUAUAUCUGCUCACAGGC